UGGCAUACGUUUUAUCUUUUUAAUUAUUUUCAGAGUUAAAUUUUUUAACAAAUAAUGUUUCUAAGAAAUCAAAAGUCAAGUAAAAAUAACCAUACCUCUUCUACUAGUAACGUUGAUCCAAUUCCACAGUCCUUAAAAGAAGUGAUAGGAUUGAUGGACUCGAUAAAUAAAAACCUUGAAGAUUGUGCUAUGGAAUGGCAAUCAAAAGUUUCAAAACAGCAAUGGAAAAUGUUAAAUACCGAAUUUGGAGGUGAAAAGUCUCGAGACUUAUCUCUGUUAUCUAGAACUUAUUUUGCUGAUGAAACUCUAGAUGAUGCUUUCCAUAAACUUCUAGCCUAUGUUAGAACUUUCAUGGAAUAUUUAAAUAGUUUUACAGCUCUUUUACAAGGUGAACGUUCGAUAUCUAUUCCUGGAGAUAAAAAAGAUGUUGGAAUUCAAAAUUCUGACCACCUACUUUCUGACGCUAAUGAGAUUUCGAAAGAACCCGUAGUAGCUCCAUUAGACCUUUCAAUACUGGAUAAAAGUUCAAAUCUUUCAGAAACUCGAAGAAGAAGUAAAAGACUUGCUGAAAUUUCAGCUUCUAAUGUUCAACAAUGCUUUGCUGAUUUAAUAAAAGCAAAGAUUGAACUUGAUACUAAAUUUUUGGGUUUCGAAGCAGUUCUGAAUGGUGAUUCUGACAAUUUAUCUCCUCCAACAGAAGAAGUUUAUUGCCUUUGUCAAAUUUGCUCUAAUGUUUUAGGAACAGUCAUAGAAAAUCAGAAAGUAUUGAAUGAUGCAAUGUCAAAACCAAAGAUGCGAAGAACAACUACGCCAAGCCCUAAGAAGCUUGGAAGAUCAUCGGCAAGACUGUGGAAAAAGAAUGAGCGCAGAAAGCAGUCUGUAUCUUUAGUGAAUAUGACAGAUGAAUCAAUGAUUAGCCCAAAGAAUAUGAAAAAUGUAUGAAAAUCAUUGUCAGUAAAAGCAUGUUUCUUAGGUUUAAAAAUUAAUCGAAAGGUAGAUCCUUAAUAAACAAACAUAUUUACUUUUGGAAAUAUUUUAUAAACAUCUCUUGAGUUAAUCGUAGCAGCACAAUUAAUGGUUUUGUUACAAUAAAAUAUGAAAUAUAUAGAUUUUUGUUAUUAUUAAACAUAAAUAAAUUUUUAGUGAAUUGUACAGCAACUCGGAUAUCAGAUAUGAAUUAAAGUAUUUCUCAGAUCUUAUGUAAAUCUCAUUUAAUGAAAAGGAAGAUCAUUGAAAUAACCAGUCAACCGAUUGCAUUAGCGUUCUACAACGAUUAUUAAGACUAGAAAUAAUGUACAUUACUCACAAUAUAUCACAUAUCAGCUAUAAUACGCAAAAUGUUACCACAAUGGGUGACAAACAGCUUGAGAUUUUUUAAAGUACUUUAUUAUUUUAUUCAGGGGCCAUCUGAGUAUCACAAUAAUUGCUGUAUUUUGCAAUUUCUUUGUUUACCUACGCUGUGUUGUCAAUUAAUUUAAUGGCAACAAAACUAAAUAUGCGUAGAUCAUAAAUAUACUAGAUAAAAAUUCUGAUAUUUCUCAUAAUUAUGUGAACAUCCAUAUUUAAUAAUAAUAAUAAUAAUAUUAUUUAUAAAUUUUAUAAAUACGCAAUAAAAUCGCAAAAAUUUUAAUUAAAUUUCUGAUUUAACAUCGAGUGCAUAUU